AGGUAAAAGAAAUUAGGGCAAAAUCUAUCAUUUUUUCACUUGCUACAUUCGUUCGUUUCUCUCUCCUCUCUGUCUCUCACACAGACACGCUGAAGUUCUGAACCGUUCUCUCUCAAUCGACGAGCUAGGGGGCCAGGCCACCAAAGCAUGCCGUCUGAAACUGCAAGAGAAAUUAUCCCUGUGAUUGAUUCUCUAGGUACUGAAUCCAAAAGAGACACGAGGAACUUGCACGACUCAGUGCAUCCAAGAGGCAGGUCCAAUGAGGAAACGUGCCACUCAGCCGCUGAGGAGCAAGUGCAUUCAUGUGAGCGGGUGGGAACGUCAAGUGAAAUAAAGAAGAAUAACUUGAAUAAUACAAGAUAUUUUGUUAUCAAGAGCUUGAAUCAUCAAAAUAUUCAAAUGUCAAUAAAGAAGGGAAUUUGGGCCACUCAAGUAAUGAAUGAGCCCAUUCUUGAAGAAGCCUUUCAAAAUUCUGGCAAGGUUAUUCUUAUAUUUAGUGUCAACAUGAGUGGGUUCUUCCAAGGAUAUGCUCAAAUGAUGUCUUCCGUUGGUUGGAGAAGGGAUAACAUAUGGAGUCAAGGAAGUGGGAAAAAUAAUCCUUGGGGCCGUAGUUUUAAAGUCAAAUGGCUGCGCUUACAGGACUUACCUUUUCAGAAGACACUCCAUCUGAAAAAUCCCUGGAAUGAGUUCAAACCUGUCAAAAUUAGUAGAGACUGUCAGGAGUUGCCUGGGGAUAUAGGGGCAGCUCUGUGUGAGCUUCUUGAUGAGGGAGCUGAUAUGAAUACUAACUUGCUUAGGGAUGAAAUCUAUAGGGAUGAUUUUUCUACAAGAAGGCCUUACAUAGACCCAUUCCAUCCAGUACAUGAUGAGGAUUUUAACGUGCCUCCAAAUCCAAUGCACAUGUCUCCUCUACUUUAUCCAUCCUUACUUUACCACCAUCAAACAGAAGCAAGUAGGUUUCAGUUGCCUCACCAGAGAGCUGAUGUAAUAGUGAAUAAUAUCUGUGAAGGUCCUGGGUCAUCAAAAGUAAAACUGUCAAGGCAUAGUCAAAUAAGUGGAGGCUCAACUAAUAAGAUUAAUAGUUCUUCUAGAAUUGAUAGUUGGGGCUUGUCAGCAGAAGGGAGCACUGAUGUUGGCAAUUUCACUGAAGAUGACAUACUGGAAAUGACAUAUGAAGAAUACCUCGAAGCUCAUACUCAAGCCACCAGAAGAUUACACAUCACUGCUGCUGGACGGUCCACGAGCUUGCAGAAGUCAUCAUCCAGUAGAGAACGAUCUGAUGAUUCGCAAUCGGCAAGCAGCUCAAAGAAAAGGAGUUACCGCCAAUCCCUCGAAUGAGUGCUUCUUCAUGGCUUCAAUUCUUUUGUUAAACAUGCUGUACUGUACAUGAGCUGUUGUUGUUUUUGUCUCUCCGCGAAGCGGAUCCUGCUUUAAACAAUCGCUACUUAUAAUUUUGAGCCGUGGGACUUGAAUUUAUGCGUAAUUCUUGUUGUAUUUUUAGGGAAUGGUCAAUGAAUUUGUACAUAGAAAUUGUUAAAUUGCUCCA